AUGGGGGCACCGGGAAUUAACAUCCCUAUCACACCUGUUCCACGAUAUCAAGGAGCGAACGCCCAGGGCACGAACGGCGAUGUCUCGCUGUCCAACUCCAAUGAGUACGCAUAUCUCGUAGAUGUAGGCAUCGGCGGACAAACCUUCGAAGUGUUGCUCGACACAGGAUCCUCCGACUUGUGGGUGGUCUCGUCAAAUUGUACGACGCAGGACUGUGCCGAGGUACCCAAGUUCGACACAACUGAUACGGCCAACCUCACGCUCUCUGGGGCCGCUUUUCAUCUCGGUUAUCUGCUCGGCUCUGUCACUGGCAGUAUUGUUGCCGAUACCGUCGCUUUGGGAUCCUAUGAAGUUUCGUCCCAAGUCCUCGCGCUGGCCAACGGCACUUCUGGUCUCGACCUCUCCGGGACAGGCUACAGUGGAAUUCUAGGGCUGACCUUCCCAGCUGAGGCAUCCAUUGCAGGGACUUAUGGACAAACUUUCAUUGACAAUGUCUUCGCGUCCCUGGACGAAGAUGAUCGCUUUUUCGCGUACAAGCUUGGAAGAAACAAGACCGAUUCUUCGUUCGCUAUCGGGCAGUUGGAUCCUACAUACGCAAACUCCUCGUCAAACUUCACCUACAUCCCCGUAUCUUCCGCCGGCACGAACGACGGUCAAUAUAAUUUCUGGAAGGUGCCCCUCCAGUAUAUCACAAUUAAUUCGACGCGGUUCGACUUGUCGAAGACUUCGGUUUCUGGGGCGUCUACGAAUAUCGGGAUCCUGGACACUGGUACUACGCUGCUACUCGGGCCUUCUGCAGACGUCGAGAGGUUCUGGCAGUCGGUGGGGAACACAAGGAAUACGGACUCUGGCUGGCAGGUCCGCUGUAACCGCGCUGCCAUCGUCGGGUUUGUUCUCGGCGACGGCGACAACCAGCAGGAAUUUGUCUUGGAUCCUGCCGACGUCAAUUGGGAACCCGGCAGUCAACAGGACGGCUGGUGCAUGGGCGGCAUACAGGCCAACGACGGGGUCUUUUCUGGCGACUGGCUACUCGGUGACACAUUCCUCCGGAACGUCUACGCUGUGCACCAUGCUGCUACGAAUGCAAGCUCUCACAGAAUCGGUCUUCUCGGUAUGACAGACCCCACGGCCGCUCUCGCCCAAUUUCGGGCUGUCCGCGGCGACGAUACAACUGCACCCGGCCAGGUGCAUUCGCGCGCGCCUCGCUCAACUCAACUAACUGGUGCCGACGUCUGCGGUGUUGCUGUUGUCUGCGGCUUUGUCUUCGGCGUUAUACUGGCGCUGCUCCUUCACAUUUGGCUCGAGCCACGUAGUCGCGGUCGUAAAAUAAUCCGGUACUGA